CAAAGGACCCCGCUGACAUUCCAACUUUUGAUGAGUGGAAGAAACAAGUCAUGGAAGUGGAGAAAGAAAAAAGCCAGUCUUCGCAUGCCUCAGUCAAUGGGGGGCAGCAUACAGUAAAGGUCCAAAAGAAUAGGAACAAUUAUGCGUCUGUGGAGUGUGGUGCAAAGAUACUAUCUGCCAACCCUGAGGCCAAGAGCACAUCAGCAAUACUUAUAGAAAACAUGGACCUGUACAUGUUAAACCCAUGUAGCACAAAAAUUUGGUUUGUGAUUGAACUUUGUGAACCAAUCCAAGUGAAGCAGCUAGACAUUGCG